GAAUUUCAAUAUGGCGGCGCGGCAUGUGCUGCGAACCCCUUGGAAUAUCUCGCCUGUAAGAGGAAAGACAAUUAUCUCUUCUCUUUUGGCACCAAUUACAAGGUUCAGGCAGGCUUGUUCAAUACAUACUCACAGUUCCAUACUUUCCAGUGAACCAUCAUCUGCUGUACAAACUGAUAAGACUGAACCAGAUGAGGGUGAAAUUGUUGAAAAUGAUGAAGGAAAAAACAUCCUGGAGCACCCAGAUUACUUUGAAGUUCAUAAACUUUUCACUCUGAAAGAUCUUUUUAAUGCAAAUGUUCAUCUUGGUCAUAAUGAAGGCUGUUGGGACCCUUUGAUGAAACCUUACCUCUUCGGAGUCAGAGAAAAGCAUCAUAUCAUUGAUCUCAACCAGACAGUUGUGCAUUUGAGGCUUGCCUUGAAUGUUCUUUCACACAUUGCCUAUAAAAGAGGGAAAAUUCUCUUUAUUUCUGCCCACCCCCAGUUUGAAGAAUUGACACAGCGCACUGCAAGGGAAUGUGAUGAGUACUUUAUAACUCGCAGAUGGCGUGGAGGAACUCUGACCAAUUCUUACAUGUUAUUAGGAACAACUGAACUUGUUGAUCUGAUUAUAUUUUUGCAUUUGCCAUCAUUGGGAAAAAACACUCUGGCUGUGACAGAAGCUGCUCAGCUAAAUAUUCCUACUAUUGGCAUAGUUGACAGUGACUGCAAUCCUAAUAUGAUUAUGUAUCCCAUACCUGGAAAUGAUGAUACACCUUCUGCUGUCCAACUGUACUGCAAUCUGUUUAAAAAAGUGAUAAUGAAGGCAAAAGAGGAGAGAAGAAAACUAGGCUCUGAUACUGAAGAGAGUGGUGAAAAUGCAUAAAAAUUUCUGUUGGAAUUUCAUCUUCCAAGAAGAAAAGUUUGAAAAGAAAAACAGAAGUGCUUCAAAGUUACUAGGAGAACUGUCUGUGUAUUAAAGAUAUCAAAAUUCACCCUCGA